CGAAAGGUUUCUGCCAUGAGACUGUUGCUUCUCUGUGUACUCGUCUGUUGGCUCUUUUCCCACACCGAGAACAGAAGGAACUAUGGUCGGAAUCUGGCCUGCUUGACACACAACUUGUACAAGCACGAGAGUUCCUGUCCCGGGCCGCGGCGCAUCUUCUAUGCCUUCCAUCGCAUCAUCUUCAAUUGCACGAAGGUGUUCACCAAAUGCCCCAAGAUCCACAGGCACAACGAGUACACCACCCUGAAGCGCUGCCAGGAUGACUGCUACUUUCAUAUGAUAAUCCCGACCACACCGAAGCCAGCCAAUAGCUCGGGCAAUGGCACCACUAAUGGCACCACCGAUGGCGCCGCUGGAGGGGGCGCAAACGCAGGAGCUGCCACUGGGGAUGGGAAGAAGGAUGAGAAGGAUGAGAAGAAGGAUGAGAAGAAGGAUGAGAAGAAGGAUGAGAAGAAGGAUGAGAAGAAGGAUGAGAAGAAGGAUGAGAAAAAGUCCGACUUUGAUGCAGAAGCCCUUAUGCGUGCGAAUCCCUACAAAUUUGUGGGUCGCAAGGGUGAUGGCAAAAAUCAAAUGAAAACCCAGUCACGUGUCCAAAGUAACGUAGCUGAAAGGCGUAGAAGAAGGUCUCGACGGUAUCAUUAGAUUUCCACAUUAAAUGCAAUUAAAUGGAAAUGCAGAUCUAA